AGGAGCGCGCGCCAGUCCCGGUGAAGAAGCUCCGUUAUUGCGAGCAAGACAGACAGCGAGACAACUGGAACUAGACUCAUUUUACACACACACACGCACACGUUACACACAGGAAGCCGUGGGGGACUCAAAGAGAGAGAGAGAGAGAGAGAGAGAGAGAGAGAGUCACUCAUCGCUUCCAAACUGUCGCGUAAAAAAGGAAGUAAAGGACAAAUCAUCUGAAAUCUCAGCAGAGCGCCGCGCGGCCGGGAGUUGCCUUUCUUUUUCUGAGUAACUUGUGGAAUUUAUCGAGCAAAUAAACCAAACAAACAAACAAAAUAAAACAAAAACACUAGCUCGGCCUACCUCUGUGCCCUCGUGUACGUUUUUAUUUUUAUAUGCUUGCAUUAGGUUGUUUAUUGUUAUCUUUUUUUUUUUUUUGCCAGCAGAAUAAUAACGGUGUCGGUUUGAGAGGAGAAGACUGACAGGAAACAGCAGCUUUUCUCCACCACACUCGAGUCUCCUGAAGUGCGACGAACACUUGCUCUCCUUCAGCGCUCCUUUUUCUACUUCUGUCUGUUGAAUAUUUACACGAGAACCUAUCUGGGUUAGAAAUCGGUGUAUCCUGGGGCGUCAGCUGUGAUUUCUUGGAAUAUGGUGGGGGAAAUGGAAACGAAGGAGAAACCGAAGCCGAGCCCAGACUAUCUGAUGCAGCUCAUGAACGAUAAGAAGCUGAUGAGCAGCCUGCCCAACUUCUGCGGCAUCUUCAACCACCUCGAGCGCCUCCUCGAUGAAGAGAUCAGCAGAGUACGGAAGGACAUGUACAAUGACACAUUAAAUGGGAGCACAGAGAAGAGGAGCUCGGAGCUCCCCGAUGCUGUGGGUCCAAUUGUACAGCUCCAGGAGAAGCUUUACGUGCCUGUUAAAGAAUAUCCUGAUUUUAAUUUUGUGGGCCGGAUCCUUGGUCCACGGGGGCUUACGGCCAAGCAACUGGAGGCUGAGACAGGAUGCAAGAUCAUGGUGAGAGGCAAAGGCUCCAUGAGAGACAAGAAAAAGGAGGAGCAGAACCGUGGCAAGCCCAACUGGGAACACCUGAAUGAAGACCUACACGUCCUAAUCACUGUAGAAGAUGCUCAGAACCGUGCCGAGAUCAAGCUCAAACGAGCCGUGGAGGAGGUCAACAAGUUGCUGGUGCCUGCGGCUGAAGGAGAGGACAGUCUGAAGAAGAUGCAGUUGAUGGAACUGGCCAUUCUAAACGGCACCUACAGGGAUGCCAACAUUAAAUCACCUGCCCUUGCCUUCUCUCUUGCAGCGAGUGCCCAGGCUCCUCGCAUCAUCAGCGGCCCAGCACCCGUGUUGCCCCCAGCUGCCCUGCGUACUCCCGCGCCCACGGGCCCCACCAUCAUGCCCCUAAUUCGUCAGAUUCAGACCGUCGUGCCCAACGGCUCAGCUCACGCCCAUGCUGCCGCCGCCACCCUGGUGCCUCCCGGGCCGGAGUCAGCUGGCCUGAUUUACGCCGCACCCUACGAAUACCCAUACACACUGGCGCCAGCCACGUCCAUCCUCGAGUACCCCAUCGAUUCCAGUGGCGUGUUAGCAUCCUCAAAGGCCGAAGAGCUGCCGCUGUACCUGGGCUUUCAGACCUGUCACUUUCCCAUCACUGUGCAGCGCGCAGAGCCAGCCGGUCGGCCUCCUUUUUAAAGCAGACCCACUCCCCUCAUCCCCUUUUCUGACCCUCAUUCACCCUACACACUCACCCUUCGACACCCUCACACCCCUCCCCACCCCUCAACCCCCCUGCAAACACUCAUCUUAUUGGACUGACCGGAAAGCACCCCCCUCUUCCAGGAGCCUCUGCUCCCCAGCCUUUCACUGUUUGUCCCUUCUGCAACCUGAACCCUGUUUUGUUUUUGGUUUAAUUUAAUGUCAUGUGUUGAAACUGUGUGUACCAUAAUGAGGGAGAAAAAGCACUGAGCCCCAAACUGCUGCAAACCCUCUCUGGAUGCUCCCUCCCUUGGUGUGGAGGGUGCAUCAGGAGAGGUAACAUGAAGACGGUGAGGGGACAGUGGGGGUCAGACAGGGGCUGCUUUAGGAGUCAUGGGAUGGUGGGAUUGUUCUAAAAGUCAGACCUAUUCGAGUUCUACUCACACAGCCGUUUGAUGGUGCUCUGUGGCAGUGAGUUCCAAGGUUGUUUACAGCAUAAUAUGAACCAAUAUAAAAAAAACAGCAACGUAGCCUUAUGCAUGCAGUGACCAAAUCCAGCACCUCUGCUUUUAGGCAUAGACUGCCCUAAAAUGACUUUGGUAACGCAUGGAAUUAUAGUGUGUGUUGCUUCUUGAGGACAGACACUCCUGGCACUAAUUUCACAUUCCCUUCCUUUAUUCUUUAGGUGUGGCUUUCCCCACGAAAGGCUAAAAGUGCUUUCGAGGAUCCUUACUGAGCCCCUCAUCCGAUCUGAGUGUUAACACACAUGCGCUUUCGUUUCACAGCGGCCUUGUUAUUUCCUGAGUGUUAAUGAAUUAUGAAAUCGAGCCUAGCAGUCAGUCAGACAUACUACUGUUUUGUUUACACUGGCCACCCCUCUGCCCAAAGAGGCUCAGUAUAUGCUUAGAAAUAUUGUAUCUGUGCCCGAUGCCCCUUUUAGCAGCAAAGGUAUAUAUGUGUAUGUGUGUAUGUCUCACAGAUCUGUUCUACUGACUGCUAUGUUGUUUGGAUAGGGUACAAGAGAGUAAAAAUCAAGGAGCUUGCUUUACUAAUCACUUAAAUCAUUACUGUUGUAUUUUCGAUCCUUUCUCUUUUUUUACUACUGCACAUGUGCCUACGCACUAUCAUCUCUGUGCCUUUGCUCAGAGAGUGAGUUUAUCAGUAUUAUAUUUAAAUGUGGAACUGGAGAGGUGCACUUCCCCAUUGCUUCACUGCAGGAUUAUGUGACUAGUAAAGCUCCCUUUGCUCUCGCUCUCUCUCUCUCUCUCUCUCUUUCUCUCUCUCUCUCUCUCUCUCCCUCUGUGUGUGUGUUUGUGUGUGUUUGUGUGUGUUUGUGUGUGUGUGUGUGUGUGUGUGUGUGUGUGUACUUGUUACUAAUGUCCAUCCUACUAUCCAAGCAUGGAUCCACCACUUGGAAUUAAUGCAACACUUUUUUUCCACUUUCAAUAUGCUAUUUUCAAAAAUGAACGAGUAUUAUUUGUGCCUUAACUUGUAUUUUUAUUAUUUGCAUAAUAAUUGUUAUACAUAUUUGGCCACACAGAUAAAUGUAAUUUGGCCACACAGAUAAAUGAAAUCUGUUCAGUUUCAUUGAUUUACUUGAUGGGAUUUUAUAUAUAUAUCUUAUCUGUGUAUUUGGUGAUUAUUAUUGCAAUCCAAGCAGGUGCAGUGGCAACUAAAGUUCGAAGGCACGAUAUGCGGGUCCAUCCUUACCAAAGGGUAGUGACCACAGACAGAGGUUAGUUUAGCUCAUAUGCUUUUGUGUUCAUGAUUUGAUUUGUAGUCACUUCCUUUUGGUUCUGAUCUGUUAUAUCCAGCUUCACUACAGGCAGAAAUGGGCGUUUUUAAUGUUAAACCCAAACACAGCACUUGGAUUUGCGAAAAUUAUGUGAUCAACUUCAUUCCAUUAUUUUGAUGACCUUGUGACCUUGACAUGAUGUUGAUGACAAAUAAUGGACCGGUUUUGUUUUGAAAUUUCUUUAGGUGCCAUUCAAAAUCCCAGAACCUCAUCAAGGUUUACUAUUUAUGCUUAUUUAUAUUGCAGACCCUAGUUCAAAAUUGCAAAACAUUACUGACAUUUACAUAAUAAACUUCCCAAUAAUGUUUCGAUUUUCCUUAAGUCCUUAUAUAACCAUCAUUACAAGAAAAAAAUCAAAGUUGCAGACGUCAGCACUCGUUUUUAAUUCAUUCUUCAUCUUCUGUAACGGCUUUAUCCUGGUCACGGAAGAACACUGGGUGCUAGGUGCGAAUCCAUCCUGGACGGCAUGCACACACUCGUUCACAUACACUUUCACACCUGGGGGUAAUUUAGUGUAGCCACUGGCAUGUUUCUGGGAAACAGGAAGAAACCAGAGAACCCAGAGGAAAGCCACAGAAACACAAGGAGAGCAUGAAACUCCUGAAACUCAGUAACCAGAGUUCAGGAUCCAUAUUUUGUUUGGUUUUUUAAUAGAAAAUCAAAUGAUCACGCGAUAGUUGGUUAAAUUGUUUGAUGGAUUAGUUCCACAUAUUCUUUGAAGUAAUGGAGCAAAUAGAAACCAUAUAAACAGAAAAUUGGGUGUAAUGAUUAUGAGCAAUGGGAAGUAUUAGUGAAAAAUAUGCAUAAUUUGAUUUCACAGGCCAAACUCUGGAAUUCAGUCCAACAGAGCAACAGACCCUCAAAAUGGCUAUAUCGUAUUAUCAGUGUCUGGUUAUAGUUUUGCUUUAUGCACUUGUAGUCUGAUUGAAAUUUCGGGUCAUGUGGUACUUCUGCUUGACUGAAUGAGAAGGAAGAUUAUUAUUAUAAUUAUUAUUAAGUGCCAUUUUAAGCUUGAUGCCCUUUACCAGCUGCAACUACAGAUGGCAAGCGUGAAAAAAAAUGUCUCUAUAUUUUUUACUCCUUUUUUUCAUUAUUAUUAUUUACCAUGUAUUUCUCAUAUCCUUUUUGUUUUAUACUGAUAAAGUUUUAUAUUAUGGUACUACUGCUUUCCAGAAAAUAUACUUUUGAGAACCCAUUUGCACAGAACUUCCGAUUUACCAAUCUGUGCAUUUUUACUGGAUUGCCAGUCUUCAGAGGUCUCACUUUUUUUCUUUUUUCUUUUUUUUUUUUAGCUUAGUUACUUUUUUUUAUUUCAAACUGUUGGUAUUUGCCUCAUUUGAUACAGAGAUGCUAUGUGGCACAACUAUUAUUUUGCACUGAACAAGUCAGAAGCAUUCAUCUCUUCUGUUCAGCAAAGAACAGACGUUGAAAAAAGUGAAAACUACAUCAAACCUCAGAUGACAGAACUGAAAAGAGUACUGAAUACAGGUGUGAUCGAAGCUGCAUAGUCUUAAGGUUGACCACUGUUGUGUGGACAGAAAUGUCAGAGUAUAGAUGCAUUUAUGGGGAAAAAAAUAUUCCACUUGAUACUUUUUUUUAUGUUUUACUGUAAGCAUCAUUUUAUUUUAUUUUUUG